UACUUCGAACAUGGUAUUACAUGUACUUCGUAUACUUCCAGGUUCCUAGCAUCGGGCCAUCCUCAACAGGCCUUACCAGCCUAAGGUAAGGUAGUCUGUUGUUCCGUGUCGUCAGCCACCCCGUGUUUGUUAUUAAACUCCCCUCAAGCCCUCCCAGCCCAUACACCGUCCUUCUCUUUCCCUCCUUCCCUCUUACCCCCCCUUCUCGCCGUGUAAUCGCUUUGUUCCGACGUCCACUCGCUCACUCGCAAAGCUCUUCGAUACCUUCACUUCGGCACUUCGUCUACUCUAAUUCUCACACAUCUUUGACCUUUCAUCCUCUUAAUACCACCCACUCCUUUUUCCGUUGCCCAACGUCCAAAUACUCUACCUAAUCGACACAAUGCGCUUCCACACUGCUGCCCUCCUCGCCGGCGUCUUCGCCCUUGCCCAGGCCCAGGGCUCUGAUACCCCCGACAACUCCGGCAUCAGCAUUCCCACCCCUACCGGCGUCGACCCCGCCACCAGCUCCAUCGCCGCCAGGAUCAACGCCUGCCUCAGCGAAUGCGACGCAGCCGACGUCACCUGCCAGGCCGCCUGCGUUGCUGUCCCAGCUCCCAAUGCCUCCCAGGUUGUCGCCCUGAACAACUGCGCCGCCGAGUGCGACCAGGGCAGCGGCUCCCCCGCCGACACCGAGGCCUACGCCCAGUGCGUCAGCAUGUGCGUCACCGAGCACUUCUUCUCCGACGGCGUGGUCACCCCGCAGCCUACCAAUGCCGCUGGCAACAAUGACGACGACGACGACGAGACCGACGCCACCGGCACUGGCACUGGUGCCUCUCCUACCCAGACCGGCACUGACGCCUCUGGCGACGCCCAGGGCUCUGGUUCCCCGACCUCCGACGCGGAUGCCGCUCAGGAGACCGGCGAUGAUGGCGACAGCGCCGCUCCCCACCUUGUUGGCUCUGUCUCCCUUGCCUUUGUUGGCCUCGCUGCUGCUUUCUUCUUGUAAAUCGGAAGCUAGCGAGGUGAGGAAAACUCCAUGUUUUUGUCGGGUGCUGGGACGAUGACGGACUAUGUGGUGACCUGUUGGAAGCAGAUGUAUAUGGGUUAUGUCUUGCAGCCUUAUGCCGGGCUUGAAUAACUGGCCGGUAAUGGAAUGGGAUGAUAAUCGGUACGAGUAUAUGUUGAGCAAGCAGAUCGUGGAGGAGUUGGACCCAUCUACUACCAUCUAUUCAUAUCUAGCAGUAAUCACUCUCGCGGAAGGAGAUACAAGCUUGACAAGUCUUGUUGAUGAUUUUUUCUUUCUUUUUUUUUCUCGCUCUCGUCGACGUCGACGUCGCCGUCGUCUAUAUGCAAGGUAACUGGUAUAUUCUGGUGGCAUGUCCCAACAUAAAAUGUU